UAAUUGAAACCGCUGCAGAUGCUCAAAGAGUACCUUUCUAUUCAAUUUUUUUAUGAAUAUUCGCUCUUUGACUCUUUGGUAAAACUUUAGAAUGUUAGUUAAUAUUUCUGUUACAGCUAAUCCACGAGAAGUCGGGCAGAUCGCAAUAUAAUCCCCGUUCUUGCAUUGCUUGCUCCCAACCUCCUCCACUCAUGGCGUCCAACAAUCCCGAAGUCGAGAAGGAAUUCAGAUUCUUCCGAGUUUACAAAGGUGGCCGCGUCGAGUUAUUUCGCCCCACCUGUGAGAAAAUUCCAGUGUCCGAUGACCCCGUUACUGGGGUCCGAUCCAAAGAUGUAAUCAUCUCGUCUGAACCACCUGUCUCCGCCCGCAUUUUCCUACCCAGAGUCACAAACCCCACCCAAAAAUUCCCUCUCCUCUUCUACAUCCACGGUGGUGGGUUUUCAAUGAUGUCUGCUUUCAGCCCGCAAUACCAUGAAUUUUGCAGCACGGUCGCUGCCAAAGCCGGCGUCGUCGUCGUUUCAGUCGAGUACGGACUCUUCCCUUCCAGACCCAUACCCGCUUGCUACGAGGACUCUUGGGCCGCUCUCCAGUGGGUGGCAGGUCAUGUCAACGGGAACGGACCCGACCAGUGGUUGAACCAACAUGCAGAUUUCAGCAAGGGGAGUCCUUUCUGCUUCGACACUUUUCUUUUUCAAGCGGGGUCUGGGAUGGUUGGUGGGAUGGUUGGUGGGAUGGUUGGUGGGAUGAUGGUCAAGAUGAAGUUGCUGAUUGUGGGCAAUGGUGCAACAGCAACGGACAGAGGCACCACGGCUAGGGAAGGUGGUGCGGCAGCUAUAGUGGCUUAGGGUUGCCUUUUUUGGUCCAACUUCGUCGCGAGGUGAUUGAAUGAUGAUGAACUUCUAUUAUGAUUUAUUGCCUAAAAAUCAGGAAUUGUGGCGUUUGAAUAGAAUUUAGAAUUUAUU